CGCACUGACACGUGACCUGCAUACAUUCGCAACCACCCAACAAUGUCCCAUAAAGGUGCGAAAUGUUAAUGUUCUUUAUAGGCUCACUCGUCCCAGGAACCAAACCACAAUAACGCCAUGUUCCCUUUCUCUUAGCAACGCUGCCAUUGAAAAUGUGCUAUCUCUAUAUUUCUAUAGCAUCGAGCAGAUCAUGUGACGUCCCGGCCAAUCUGACACGGAUAGGGCGAUAGCGCCGCGCUCCUCACCACAUCAGCUGCUACUCACUUCAUACUCUGCCCAAAGGAGGGGGUCAUGCAGACUUAUGAAAUACUGGGAGCAGCAACAAGUGAAGGAAGGAGUGUAGAAACAUACAGAAGGGCACCCCUCCCUUCAUCUGCCUGCGCCACACCCUCCUGUGCCAACCAGCUCUCAUUUGCUUCUGCCGACACCUCUCCACCCUUCCAGCUCCCUCACCCUGCUGCAACACAUAAGUAAAGGUGUUGUCCCAUCUGCUUAGACGAGAGACGGUUUGCUGGCAGCGACAUGAGUAAAUGCGGGGCUAAGGAAGAAGGCGCCCAGAGAAAGAAGCCGGGAGUUACAGAGAAGUCUGACAGCUAUGACGGGAGUACUCAGAGGAGCAAUACUGGGCGCCCUGUCAACAUAAAUGCUGGAGUAUCAGAAAGGCAGGAGUUAAGAGAUACUGGGAAGUCUGAGAGACUGUCAGAGGGGGGGACAGACACGGUGCCUGGGGGAAAGAGACAGGGGGCAAGGGGGCGUGAUGAAGGGAAUGUAGAGGAGUCACAUGGACAGGGGAGAGAAGAUCAGAAAUACACAGAGACAUCAGGAGAACAGGAGAAACACCCACACUCAGUUGUGGGACUAGGACAAUACACAGACAGAGGUGGGAAAGAAAAUAAAGACAAAGCGACACCUAGGGAGCAAGAAAAACCCAAAGACAAUACUGGAGGUGAGAGGACAAAUGAAGAGAAUAAACAUGAAGUGACAGCUGGGGAGGAAGAGAAACAUAAAGUGACAGCUAAGGAAGAAGGGGCUAAACUCAAAGAGACAGCUGGGUGGAAUGUAAAGCAGAUAGAAACAGCUAAGGAAGAUCUGAAACAAAAAAAGGAAGCUGGGCAAGGAACCAGAGAGAGAGCCGAGGAAAAGGUAAAGCAGAUAGAAACAACUAACGAAGAGGUUAAACAAAAAGACACAACUAGGGAAGUGGUGACACACAAAGAGACUGCUGGAGAAAAGGUAAAACAGAAACAGACAGCUAAGGUAGGGGUGAACCCAGUAGAGAGGGCAGGGGAAGAGGUGAAGCAAAAAGAGACAGCUGAAGAAAAGGCGAAACUUAAAAAGACAAUUGGAGGAGACUUUGAAGGGGCAACUAGCAAAGGAGCUAAAUACCAAGAUACAUUUGUUGAAGAGGUUAAACUCAAUACAACACUUGGGAAAGAAGUCAGUCAAAAAGAGAUAGAGAAAGAGAUAAUACUGAAAGAUGCAGCUGGGGAAGGGGUGAGAAACAAAGAGACAGCUGUGGAAAAGGUAAAACAGAAAGAGACAGCUAAGGAAGAGGUGAAACUCACAGAGACAGCUGGAGAAAAGGUAAAACAGAAACAGACAGCUAAGGUAGGGGUGAACCCAAUAGAGAGAGCAGGGGAAGGGGCGAAUCAAAAAGAGACAGCUGAAGAAAAGUUGAAACUUAAAAAGACCACUGGGGGCAAUGUAGAAGAGACAACAAGCAAAGGAGCUAAAUACCAAGAUACAUUUGUUGAAGAGGUUAAACUCAAUGUAACACUUGGGAAAGAAGUCAGUCAAAAAGAGAUAGAGAAAGGGAUAAUACUGAAAGAUGCAGUUGGGGAAGGGGUGAGAGACAAAGAGUCAGCUGUGGAAAAGGUAAAACAGAAAGAGACAGCUAAGGAAGAGGUGAAACACAAAGAGAUAGCUGGAGAAAAGGUAAAAGAAGAACAGGCAGCUAAGGUAGGGGUGAACCCGGUAGAGAGAGCAGGGGAAGGGGUGAAUCAAAAAGAGACAGCUGAAGAAAAGUUGAAACUUAAAAAGACCACCAGGGGCGAUGUAGAAGAGACAACAAGCAAAGGAGCUAAAUACCAAGAUACAUUUGUGGAAGAGGUUAAACUCAAGGCAACACUUGGGAAAGAAAUCAGUCAAAAAGAGACUGGGAAAGGGAUACAACAGAAAGAGGCAGUUGGGGAAGGGGUGAGAAACAAAGAGUCAGCUGUGGAAAAGGUAAAACAGAAAGAGACAGCUAAGGAAGAGGUGAAACACAAAGAGAUAGCUGGAGAAAAGGUAAAAAAAGAACAGGCAGCUAAGGUAGGGGUGAACCCGGUAGAGAGAGCAGGGGAAGGGGUGAAUCAAAAAGAGACAGCUGAAGAAAAGUUGAAACUUAAAAAGACCACCAGGGGCAAUGUAGAAGAGACAACAAGCAAAGGAGCUAAAUACCAAGAUACAUUUGUGGAAGAGGUUAAACUCAAGGCAACACUUGGGAAAGAAGUCAGUCAAAAAGAGACUGGGAAAGGGAUACAACAGAAAGAGGCAGUUGGGGAAGGGGUGAGACACAAAGAGACAGCUGUGGAAAAGGUAAAACAGAAAGAGACAGCUAAGGAAGAGGUGAAACGCAAAGAGACAGCUGGUAAAAGUGUUACAUUCAAAGAGAUAGCUGAAAAAGAAGAGAAACAGAAAGAGACAGCUAAGGAAGAGGUGAAACAAAAGACAGUUGAAGAAAGAGUGGAACUUAUACAGACUGCUGUGCAAGAGGUGACACACAAGGAGACAGCUGGAAAAGAAGUGAAACAGAACAAGACACCAGGGGUCAAGGAAACACAGGCAGCUGGUAAAGGAGUUCAAUACCAGGAUACAAUUGGGGAAGAGGGGAAACAUAAAAACACACCUGGGAAAAAAGUGGCACAGAAAGACUUGGCCUGUGGGAUAGAGGUGAAACAUAUGGAAAUCAGUGGAACAGGACAUAAGAAACAGGAAGAUGCAGCUGGAGGGCAAACAAAGCAGAAAGAGACCCUUGGAAGCAUGGAAAAACAAAAAGGGAUGAACGGAGAAGAGCUGACUAAAAAGGAGACAACUGAAGAAUGGAAGAAAUGCAAAGAGACAACUAGGACAGAGCUAGCAGAGCUAGAAAAUCAAGUAGCUGGUAUGAGAACCAAAGAGACAGCAACCCCACAGGAAAUACAGAGAAAAAUAGCAGAGGAACAGAAGAAAGAUGGCGGAACCUCAGGAGAGGAGAAACAACUCUGUGAAACUUCAGUGGUCCAAGAGCAGAACAAGAAUAUGCCUCAGCAAAAUGCACAGAGUGUGCCCUUGGUGCAAAAGGAACCAGAGACUGCCCAGGAAUGGCUGGAGUUGUGUGACCGAGAGUGGGUUCUGAGGUCCAGACAGAUCCCUUUGCCAGAUUCUGCCAACUGCAAACAGAUCUAUAAAAAUAAGCCAUUUGGAAGAAAUUUCUUAAAGAGCCCCAACCCAGAGGGUUUAUCUACAUCCCUGAUGCCCCCACAGGAGCAAUGUGACCCCCCUCCACAGAAGCAGCCAUUGGAGACUUUAGGUAAUUUCAGUGGAUGGAAGAUAAGCACAGAAGAGAUCCCUGUGGACCGUACCAAGAUUCCACCGGGGGUAGUGGUGUGUUACCUCCCCAUUUACAGGGGCAGCCAUUCCCGACAACCAGAGGUAUUUCUACUUGCAGGCUGGAAAUUGGAAAGCUAAUUCAAAAACCACACAAAAUCAACAAUGGGAGCAACAGAAAAAUUGCUUAGAAUAGGUUAAUCUAAAAUAUACUUGAAUCCCUUAAACCCUUUAAUCUGUAGGAGAAAAUAUUGCAAGUAUAAAAGGAAACAAGUGAAAAAUAGGUACUAAUUUUCUGUAUAUAAACAAUGGACACAAGAUGGCUCCCUGCUUAGUCUACCGAAUCCCAGCAACAUGGAAUGCCCUCCUUGUCCACUUGGGGUCACUGAAGUAUACUGGUAAUACUCACGUAAAAAAAAGAACAUUGGUAGAUAAAUAAUGAGCAUUAUGAUGCUAACAGCGUAACAAGCGUGGAACAUAGAUAUCACUCGUUUUUUUAAAAUCAAAGGCAGAACUGGAAGCUUGUUGCUGUUGCCACACAUUAUCCAGAUGAUGCUCAGCUCUGUAAAAAAGAAUGCUUGUACAGGGAUUAUUAUUAUUAUCCUUUAUGUAUAUAGUAUUAUGAAUAAAAAUAAAGUAUUAUUUCUCUGAAUUUCCUGGAACUAGUGUAAAUAGAUUCCUCUCUACUGGACUUCUUGAGCUCCAGAGAGGCUGUGUUGUCUUCCUCUGUGUAUUAAAACCUGGGUAGCUCUUUUGUCAGAUGUGAGUUUCUGAUACAGAAUAACCCUUUGCGCUGCUAGUGGUUGGCAUUAUAAUAAAUCCUAAUUUCUAGGAAAUAAUGGUAGUACCUGUUCUUAUAGUAAAAACUAUUUUGGACAUAUAGUAACAAGUAUGGUUGAUAAAGACUGCACUCUAAUCAUCAACGCCUGUUAUUAAUGAUAGCCAUAGCUACACAGCUACCACAUUAGGCUGGGGGCCUGAAUGAAACCACCAGGUGUAGUAACUAAAUAACUGAUUAUAAUAAAAUAUGUUAAAACAUUAUCUGUAUAGGCUGCCCCCAUGCUGGUGUUGUCCUAUGUGUCCAAAUAAAAUGCUUCAGGGACAAACUCUGAAUAAUGCAA